CCUCGCCCCCUCCCGCAGCCUCGGCCUCGGAGCCUCCCGGCCGGCCGGCUCGGCCCCGCAGCCCGGCGGGUGCGCAGCCGCUCAGCCCCGCCGCGGCUCGGACCCGGACCGAUGCUAUGAGAGGGCAGCGAGCCGGGCGCCCAGACCUGCAGGAGGCGUCGGGCGCGCGCCGGUCUGGCGACCGGGCUCUCGGAGCCGCUCGCCGUGCCCUCUGCUGAUUCCCGGCUCUGCCCACAGCCCCGCGCGCCCCGGAGGAGUCGGGAACGUCCGCGAAGAGCCGCCGCGCCGCGCGAGGAGCGCGUGGAAUAGCCGCAGACAUGACUGCGCGGAGGAAAGCCCGGCCGCCGCUGCCGCUGCUCCUGGUGCCGCUGCUGCUCGGCGCGGGGCUCCUCACUGCGGCGCAGGGCCAGAGCUGUGGGGGGCUGGUCCAGGGCCCCAACGGCACCAUCGAGAGCCCCGGGUUCCCGCACGGCUACCCCAACUACGCCAACUGCACCUGGAUCGUGCUCACCGGGGAGCGCAACCGCAUCCAGCUGUCCUUCCACUCCUUCGCGCUGGAGGAGGACUUCGACAUCCUGUCCGUGUACGACGGCCAGCUGCAGCAGGGCAACCUGAAAGUGAGGUUGUCGGGAUUUCAGCUGCCCUCCUCCAUCGUCAGCACGGGGUCCAUCCUCACCCUGUGGUUCACCACCGACUUCGCCGUGAGCGCCCAGGGCUUCCGGGCGCUGUACGAAGUGCUGCCGAGCCACACCUGCGGGAACCCUGGGGAAAUUCUGAAAGGAGUCCUCCACGGGACAAGGUUCAACAUCGGAGACAAAAUCCGGUACAGCUGUCUGUCCGGCUACGUCUUGGAAGGCCACGCCAUCCUGACCUGCAUCGUGAGCCCGGGGAACGGCGCGUCCUGGGACUUCCCGGCCCCGUUCUGCAGAGACCAGCUCAUCCUGUUCCCAAAGGGCGCACUCCGUGCCACCAGCAGAACAAGUGUAGAUAUGGUCCUUAAGUAG